ACUAAAGUUAUUGUAUCUAUGCCUAUCACCGUACAUCAUGCGUUAAUACUUUGUAUUAUGAAAUAUUUUACUUGUGAUCUACCUAUAUAAUUACUGUAUUUUGGCAAAGGCCCAUGAGGCUGCCACUUCUCCAAUAAACAAACAAACAAGUUAUUGUAUUGCAUCAAAAAGAUAGAAAACUUUUCGAUAGUGAUUAUUAUCAUGUUUAUAUUAUUUCGUUUUACCUAAAGAUAAUAAAUUUAUCAGCGCUCUAACCAUGGAAAUUCCUGACGUGGCUACAGACUUUGUCAAGUUUGAGAAGGCAGAUUUGAUCCGGCUACAUGGUGCUUAUACUUGCAUGCAGCGUGAGGCGGGCGCAGUUCGCGACAAGCCUUGGCAGUGCCAUGUUGUACGCUGCCGAGACAUGAGGCAAGCUGUUACACACAUGAUGUCAUGUCCGUCUGACGAGAAUUGCAGUUGGCCUGUCAAUUGUUCCUUGUUGAGACAAAAAAUUAAGCGCUUGGUAAGUUGCGAAGAGGAAGAGUGUCCCAUCUGCAUACAGAAGAAGAAGUGGCAAAUGUCUGUAUCUGCAGAACAAAGAAGCAGUCUAAUUGACCUACUGGUGCAAUCUAUUUCGAACUCCAGUUCCAUAUUCUACGGUAAUAGACAUUUCAGCUUGCAUAAGAAAGUAUUAUACACUAAAUCGAUAGAGGGUGAAAUUUACAAAAAGGCCGAAAAUCUGACGGAUUACUACCGAAUGAUGGCUGCAAAGAAAUGGGAGAUUAAAAUGUACAUCGAAGAGAGAGAAAGACACAGACAGACCAAACGGCGCUUUCAGGCGAAUAUAGACGUUGAGGAGAGGCAGAGGACGAGACGGAGUGUCUAUAAUCCCUAGGUACUAUUUAAUGAUCAUGGGAUGGAGCCUCAACAACCCGACAUACAUUAGAAUUAAUAGAAUUGUUUACUGCAAACAAUGGUACCAUCGCCACACUGUUAACUGUACAAUGUAUAGGUGAACCAGGAUCUAUUGAGGGUGCGCCAUGUUACGGAAAUUUGUUGGUACUAAUUUCUAGCAAUGGCAACAAUUUUAAUAAUAGACAACAUCUACCCUCUAUGAUAGUUGUCAAUAUUGACAAUGUAAACAUUGCUUUGUCUAGUUUCGUGUGAAUUAUUAUUAGACUGCAAUAAUUAUGCCGAAAGUUUUAGAUUUUACAGAGAAAAAGUUGUAAAUAGUGUAUAUAGUUAUUUAUUGGAAAAAAAAACAUGCGGGAGAGGAAUUUCUUCCAUUAGAAAACAUAACGAAAUUAGCAUCUGAAUUGACGGGUAAGUUUCAAACUUAUGGACAAAUGUCACUAUAGUCAGGUCGUCACGAUUUGGUUGAUGUCUUGUAAUAAUUUGAUUUAGAACAUAUUUGGUACGUUAAAUAAUUUAAUUUGUAAAAUUAUCAAUAUAAAUUCUUACUUAUAACUCUUGCUUACUUAUUGACUUUACGCUAUUCAUUUUAUCUAAAUCGAGUCAGCCAUUUAAGCGUAAAAACCGAAGAAAUAUCCAAAAUCCAAACUUCGCACUUAUCAAACUUCGCACUUAUUAAAGUUGUCGGAAUAAAACAAAAAUCAUCUGCCAAUUUCCAUUGUCCCCACUAUACAAAUUGUUGCUAUAUAAAAUUCAAAACGAGCGCCCUCUUGACAAUACUCCCAAAGUUCUGGUUUACCUAUACAUCAGUGGACCUUAUGACUUUUGUAAUAAAUUCCACCACUGUACAGUUAGGAGUGUUGCUGUUUGUACAGAUAGUUAACAUAUUUUUAAUGAAACUAGGGAAACACAUGGCACCCUGGUUGGGUAUUGCAAGUCAAUUUUACAUUUAGUUAUUACUGGAACAAUAGGACUAGACUUUGUAACAUAAUACAUAAAAUAUAAUGUUCCUAAAUAAAAACAACAAUGCGGCGGCUUCGAUACGGGGUACGGGGUAUAUAGAUAUAGUAAGGGGUUCAAGUAGUAAGAUAGUUUUUUUAUAGUUUCGUUAAGUUUUAUUUAAUAUAAGUAUAAUAAUUGUCAUGUUAUCACUAUAUACUUAAAUGAUGUUCCACUGGUAAAGGACCGUUAGCGCCCACCGCCUAAGGUAGGUGCCGGUAGCACCCACCGCCUGGUGGUUGUGUGCGUUUACGCUAUUAUUAACGACCACUUAACGACUCCGAUACUAUAAUGUGGUGUUACGCAAUAUUAGCGCCAACCGCCAUAAGGUACCUUCACCCGCGGAACGUCACAUAUUUGUUAAAAUAAAUUUUAAUUUAAGUAAUUUUCUUAUUAUUUCUCCUACAGAUAUCAUUGUCCAUUGAAAUUAUCUUAUCUUAAAAAUGAAUAAAUAUUUUAUAUAAACCGUGUUUUUAUUGAAUUCCGUUAACUUCGGGGUAUGGUUAAGUACGUUUAAGAGAACUAAAUGGCAUAGUUGAUUUAAAAAAAAAAAAAAACCUUUUUUGAAAAAAAAAAAUUAAGUUUUAAAAGUAAUUAAAUGUAGCAUAUAGCGUUGUUUGUAACACGGGCAUUACAUUUAACUCUACCAAACAAUUGAAAUCUGUGACAUAUCGAUGUCAUUUCGAACUAGAGAUGGGCGAAAUGUGUCAGUAGAGGGAAAAGAUUGAUAUAUAUCUUUUUACCACUGGGAUAUGUAUCACUCUUUUAUAUCUUUAUAUCCGUGUGUAUCAGUUGUCCCGCUCGCAACUGUAUCGACACUGACUUUGCGUCAUCUUAUGAAUGAGAGGGAGACAGCAUUGUUAUUAUAACGUGGCGACAUUUUCAUUUUGUAUCAUGAUGGAUAUAGAUUGUACAUUCACAAUAAAAUAAAUAAAUUGAUUAAAUUGAUCAAUCAAAUUAAUUAAUUAAAUUGAAGAAUAUAUUUGCUUAAUAAAAUACCUUAUUGCUUUUUGUUUACAUUUUAUUAAAUGCAAUGCAAUUUAACUCAUUAAGGUGGAUGUCUAGGGAUGGGAUGCCGAUUAUCAGCCAAAAGAUGGCGUCACUGUGCACGAAUUGUGGAUUUUCACUAUUUCUCCCAAAAUACAAAGUUUCAUAAGAUGUGUUGAUAUGUCCGAAAACUAUAAAAAACACUACAUCCAAAUCGAGACAUGUUCAAUUCAACAUUGUCUCAUUUCGUUAUUAUCGGAAUCCAACUGCAAAAUAUUGCAAUUUCUUGCAUUCACGCACACUUACGUACUUAAAGUCACCUUAAAGUCAGUGUCAAAUGUCAGCAGAUUCGUAAUGUUACAGUAAAGUAACCUAGAGGGCGCAGCGGAUGAAAUGUUUAUUGUUGAAAAAAGAUUGGAAAUUAAAUAAUAAAUUCUUGUUUGAGCAACGAUUAAAAAUUACAAGGCAUUCAGAAGCAACUAAUGUUUUCGACCAUCAACUGUCACGUGCUCGUGGCACCCGUAGCCUCUAUUUUGAUAAAAAUCAGAUUGCAGCUAAGAUACAUGGUUCAAAUCCCGACAAUGCCAAUUUUUUUUUAUUUUAUAAUUUUAGCAUUCUCUUUUGAAUUAUUUUAAGCGUAUGUUAUUCUUCGAAACUAAACUUACGUGAGUAAAACAUUUUCAGUAUUUUAAUUAUUUUUUAAUAAUAUUAUGGGAAGAUUUAUAAAAGUAUUUUUAUUUUCCGGUUUUCAAAGGAUAUAAAUAAUGAUUAAAAUAAUUAAAAAAAAGUCAUGCAUGAGGCUAAUUAGGAUCGCAGAAUAGGUACAUAAGAAGUCAACUAUCGACGAAGUAUAGCUGGUCAAGCAGAUCUUGUCAGUAGAAAAAGGCGGCAAAUUUGAAAAAUGUAGGCUAGAAGGGAUAUCGUUCAUAGAACAUUUGGAUUUCGCGCCUUUUUUUACUGACAAGAUUUGCUUGACCAGGUAUAAAAUAAAAGUUUCCAAAAUUUUAUUGAAAUGAUAUACCUACAUGAAAUAAUCAAAUACAACACAUUUACUUAAAAUAACUUUUAAAAUAAGGCAUAUAACAUUACCAAAAAGAUGAAAUAAAAUAAAUAAAUAAAUACAAAAAGAAAUGAGUCUUUGUUCGUGGUUUGAACCCUGUCAUGCUGUUCAACUUGUUAAACUUAUACUCGAUAGCUAAAAGCCACUAGACCAUUUGACCAUAGUAGACCCGGGCGAAAAAUGCCUUCUUAUUUAAGUAACCCAUUACUGUCAAAAAUAUCAAGUUUGAAUUGAUUUGAAAUAUAAUUUUUCAUUGUCGACUUAUUGACAUCCAAACGUUGCGAGCAUGUUGUACUUUAAACCAUUUGGCAACGUCGCACGCAUAUUUUGAUAUUUAUGGAUAUAUGAGGAUUCUUCUACUUAUGUUGCAAAUUGAUUAAAUUAUCGAGAGAAACAUGCUAAUGCAAAGAAAACAAGAAAUAUCCGUUUCAUUUCUCAUGCUAUUGAUUCGGUUAAAUUGUGUUCUAAUGUAUGGGGAAGACAAACUAAUUAUAGCCAGCAUUUU